GCUCGCAUCCCAUGGCCGUCUCUAGGUGAUUUAGCGCCGCCAGUCUCGAGCAGGUGUCCAACAUGGCGAUCACGGGAAACGGAUCUCUCACUAUUUCUCUCUCUGUUUUCGUGAUUUCAGCGGCGUUUCUUCUAAAAGGAGCCGCUGAGACCUUGUCAGUUGAAGGUCAAAACCUGGGGACUGAUAAUGUGUCAGUGAUCGAGGGGGAGAUGGCGACCAUCAGCUGCAGGGUGAAGAACAAUGAUGACUCAGUCAUCCAGCUCCUUAACCCCAACAGACAGACCAUCUACUUCAGAGACGUCAGACCCCUGAAGGACAGCCGGUUCCAGCUGGUGAAUUUCUCCGACAAUGAACUGCGGGUGUCUCUGUCCAACGUGUCUCUCUCAGAUGAGGGACGCUAUGUGUGCCAACUCUACACAGACCCUCCUCAGGAGGCCUACGCAGACAUCACUGUGCUGGUCCCACCAGGCAGUCCAAUCAUGGAUUCCCGAGAGGAUGUGGUCAGUGAGGGGAACGAGACAGAGCUCACCUGUACAGCCAUGGGCAGCAAGCCUGCCGCCUCCAUCAGAUGGAUGAAAGGAGAGCAGGAGCUGACAGGCGAGAUGACGGUGGAUGAGACCUAUGACAGGAUGUUCACGGUCACCAGUCGGCUGAGACUCACUGUGUCCAAGGAGGACGACGGAGAGCCAGUCAGCUGCAUCAUCGACCACCCAGCCGUGAAGGACCUCCGGGCACAGAGAUACCUGGAAGUGCUAUAUCAACCAGAAGUGAAGAUCGUUCAGGCGUUCCCUGAAGGUUUAACGAGAGAGGGAGAGAAUCUAGAGCUGACGUGCAUAGCAAAAGGCAAACCACAGCCCCAUCAGAUCAGCUGGCUCAGAGUGGAUGAUGAUGUGCCAUCUCACACCGUGAUCACCGGCUCUGACCUCUUCAUCGAAAACCUCAACAAGUCGUACAACGGCACGUACCGCUGUGUUGCCUCCAACACCGUGGGAGAUGCCUACGAUGACUAUAUCCUCUUUGUAUACGAUGCUCCUACCACGAUCCCCACACCCACCACCUUGAACCUAGACAACACCCAAGACUCCAGAGCUGAUGAGGGGGCGCCACAGAAGAUAGACCACGCUGUCAUCGGAGGUGUGGUUGCCGUGGUGAUGUUCGCUAUCCUCUGUGCACUCAUCGUCCUGGGGCGCUACUUCGCCAGACACAAAGGCACCUACUUCACACAUGAAGCCAAAGGGGCAGACGACGCAGCAGAUGCAGAUACGGCCAUCAUUAAUGCAGAGGGGGGACACAACAACACGGAAGAGAAGAAGGAGUACUACAUCUAAUGAUGAGAGGCCAGGGGGGUGCUGGG